UGAGCCUGUGUGAGGUCAUUUCCACCAGUGCGCCAUUAGCCGCCGUUUCCUUUGUUAGGACGAGUAGAAAAGCCUGUGCACGCGUUUCCAUCUCCACACCCCUUCACCUGCUGUUUGAGUUCUCCGCCGAAGUCCCUUGAGCCGUGAGCGACAUGGAUGCUAAUAACAGCAACGCUAAGCGUAAGAACAGCGCCGGAGACAGUAAAUAUCUGCCGGAGUUAUUGGCGGAGAAAGACAGCCUGGACUCCUCGUUCACGCACGCCAUGAAGCUGCUGUCUGCAGAGAUUGAAAGGGUCCAGAAAGGUGAGCCCAAAAAAGAGUCCGAGACGUACCUGGAUCUGUUCACCGCCAAGAACGUUAGGGUGAAAGAGAGAGUGCUCAUUCCUGUCAAGCAAUACCCUCGAUUCAAUUUUGUGGGAAAGAUUCUGGGGCCGCAGGGUAGCACCAUCAAACGCCUGCAGGAGGACACCGGCGCGAAGAUCUCCGUGCUGGGCAAAGGAUCCAUGAGAGAUAAGAACAAGGAAGAGGAGUUGAGGAAGGGUGGAGAUCAGAAGUAUGCACACCUGGCCAUGGAGCUGCAUGUGCACAUCGAGGUUUUUGCACCAAUUCCUGAUUGUUACCUGCGUAUGGCUCAUGCCAUGGAUGAGGUCAAGAAGUUCCUAAUGCCUGUGGAAGGGCUCGAUGAGAUGCACCCGGAUGCAUUCAUGGAUCCAGGGUUUCUGAACGGCUCUCAGGAUAUGCAUGGCCCUGGCAGAGGUCUCCCUCAUGGCCGAGGUCGUGGAGGCCCACCACCCCCAAUGGGACCUAGGGGUCGUGGCAUGCCGCCUCGUGGAGCACCCCGUGGAGGAGCACCUAGAGGAGGCCCAGGACGUGGAGCUGCAGCGAGGGGAGCCCCCGCAGGAAGAGGUGGUCCUCCGUCCCAAACACCAGCCAGAGGAGGCACAGGAGCCACCCGCUCAAGACCACCAGCCUCUGCUCAGAGGAUGACACCAGCCACCGCUCUCUCCCACCAACAGCAUCCAGCCAAACCUGAAACCUAUGGCGAAUAUGCAUAUGAAGAACCAUAUGCAGAGCCUUCCUAUGAAGGGUACGAGAGCUACUACAGUCAGCCUGCUCCACAGCAAGACACUGAGUAUUAUGAUUACGGUCACGGAGAGGCACAAGAAACUUACGAGUCUUACACUGAAGAUGACUGGGAGGGCGGAGCUUGGGGCAGCGCUGGUGCCGGUGGAAAGGCUCAGACUUCCCGACAGGGCAAAUCGUUUCGGGAGCAUCCAUACGGCAGAUUCUGAGAGUUGUCCUUCACUACGUUUGCCUGGCAACUUCCUCCCCUCGUAACCUCUUGUAACCACCUAAAGUAAUUCUAGUUGUUAUUUUUGUAUUCCUUUUUUGGUUAAGACUCCUUUUUAAUAUUCUGAAUCCACUCGAAGUAGGAUGAUGACCAUAAGUUCGACAUGACGCAUUUUAAAUUUGCGAUUUAUAUGCUGUGCUUGUUCUCUUCUGCAUUUUUUCUUUUUUUUUCUUUUUAAGCUUUGCUGUUUUUGUUCAUUUCAUUUUAAUGCUUAAGUGUUUCUUCUGAAAAAGCUGAUACCUGAAUGCUAGAUAAAUAGCUGAUGGCCAUUUGUAAAAUGAUUGCUUAAAAAAAAGAAAGAAAAGAAAACUGAUUGUUAAUGUCACUUAGACUUAUUCCAAACGUGCUUUUGUAAAGCAUAACAAAAGCUCUCAAGGAAUGCACAAAAAUAUUAGUUCCUGUACAAACCAACAUGUUACUUUUUUCAAAGAACAAAUUCCAUUUGGUUUAAGGGUUUUUAUUGUUAAAGUUUCGUAAACUUCGCAUCUACUGAUUCGUUUUGUUAAAUGAGAAAAACAAAUAUCGCAAAGGUUGUAAUUUACUUGUAGUCUGGCAAAAAGUACAACUCUCAAAUCUUUGUUCGUACAAUACUCCAAUAUUAGAAACUUGUUCUUUGGUGUUUAUCGAUUUGCAGUUUCUGAAAUAUUAGCAAAAUUGUGUGCAUUUCCUAACUAGGGAACUAAAUAUGUCCAAAAUGUCUCCCUGUCAGUUUGUCAAUAAAGCAUAGUUUUUUUUUUUUUUACAGCCUUCAAAACUUUUGUAUUUGACUUAUUAAAGUGAUAAUUCAUCUCACAAAACUGUCCAAAUGUUGCAAAAUGUAAAAAUUCUGCAUGGAUUAUAUAACAUCACAACAUUAAGAUUCAAUGCUGUUCAAAAUAUAUUGUGUAUAAACCGUUGAUAAAUAGCAAUUAUUUAUCAAGUAGAUCGUGAAAAAUGUGCAUAUUAUUAUGUCUUGUACAGGAACAAUUGACCUCAAUAUUAUUAAAGACUUAUUUCCAAAAUAUUACUUUGGUUCCCCCCCAACAAGCUAAUCUCAAUAUUUUGUUUCAUAAUUUUAAAGGGGCCAUAUCUUUAAAAUCAGCUGUUCGUUCCGCUUUUAAAUGUGUUAGUGGUCAUACUAUGAAAACAUGCUUUAACGUCUAGAACUCAAAAUUAAGUAAAAAAAAAAAAUUUCAAUUUAAUUUGAACUAAAAUGUGCCUGUUUUUGGUGCAAAAAAAACAAGUUGGUUUAAUAUGACCCCUUUAACAAAUAGUAGUCAAACUAUUCAACAUUAACAAUGAUUUAUACACAAUACGAAGAAGAUCUUGGAAUUUCUUUAAUGUGUUUAUACCUGUUUUAAAAGCAAUAACCCUGUUGCAACCUUGCAUCAGGGUCACUAAAUCCCCUCUGAUGUCGCAGAGACUCUACAUAUGUCUUCUAUUGAAAGGAUCUUGAGGUAAGACCUGCAGAGUCACCUCUAAAAGCGCAGAUAGAUUCCCCUUUUUAAAAGGUAAAGUAUACAUGCACAAAACAAUCUAGAUGUUUGGUGCUGUGGUAAUUUUCGUGCAAAAGAAACGGAAUAUGUAUUGUUCAACCAAAUUAAGCACAAAGGCUUUUGUAGCUCAGGAAGACAAUUUGACCAAGAUGAUUCAAAUGUUGCAUUCGCUGACUUAAACAUCAAAAUUGGAAAAGGCGUAAAGUGUAAUGCAAGCUUCAAAAAAAGGUAAUAUCAACCCUAAAUUUCUUUCUCAGCACAAAUGUUCAAUUAUUCAAUUUCACACAAUCAUUGCAAAUUAAAAAGUCAAUAUUCCUAAACCUGGCAAAUGCAUCCUAAAAAAAAUUUUUUUUUU